AUGUUCUGUCUCCGGAGUUGGCUUCCCCUCCUCUUCAUCCCAACCAACGCCUCCCCCCUCUUCAUCAUCUCCUUCGUCACCCUAACCUACAUCCUGCACCGGCCCUGCAUCUACUGCUCCGCUCUACUCCUCAUCCUCUUCAUCUCCUCCUGCCACUGGUCCGACAAAUGCUUCUUCGAUCUCCGCGGUGACUGGUUCUCCCCGCGCUACUCCACCACCACCGUCAACGAAACCACCCUCGCCAGCUACGUCUUCGAGACCGUCAACACCACCACCAAGGCCCUCGCCGGCGCCGUCCUCGAUGAAGCCCAACGUCGUCUGAACAGCAGCAGCAUCAACGCCUCUCUCUCCGCCCCGUCUCUUGCCCCCGGCGCGCAAGACGAAUGGACCGGAAUUGGUCUGGAAUGGUUGAGAAGUCUCCUCGGUCGGAGAGAAUGGACUCUGCCCUGUGUGGAUGUUAAGGUUCGGUUGUAA